AAGGACAGAGACCGCUGCCCAUGCUCACGUCGCUGCUCCUUGGCACACAGCUGCUCCGAAUGAGCACACUCUGCAGGAAAGAUGAAAUUUGAGGAUCUCUUACUGGAAAUAGGGGGCUUUGGCAGAUUCCAGCUUUUGAUUUUGUUUAUCCUCUGCCUCCCAAGAAUCAACCUUCCUAUGCAUUUCCUGCUGCACAAUUUUCUUGCUGCUACUCCCUCUCAUCACUGUGCAAUUCCACACCAAGAGGCAUUUGUGAACCUCACCACAGAGGAAGUUCUGCUCAUCAACAUCCCCCGGGAGCCCGACGGCACUUUUAGGUCCUGUGAGAUGUUCUCACAGCCUCAGUUUCACCUGCUGCUCAAUUCUUCCCUGCAACCAGAAAACAACUCCGUCACCCAGCACUGCCAGCACGGAUGGGUCUAUGACCACUCGCAGUUCACCUCCACCAUCUCCACUCAGUGGGACCUCGUGUGCGAGCAUCGUGGACUGAACCAGGCGACUGCAACCUUCUUCUUCAUUGGCGUUACGAUGGGGGCCGUGGUAUUCGGAUACCUUUCAGACAGGUUCGGACGGAAAGCCAUGCUCCUGCUGUCACUUGUGUGCUCUGUCGUGUUUGGGAUGCUGAGCGCCGCCUCCAUCUCCUACAGCAUGCUGGCCAUCACGCGGACCCUCACCGGGGUGGCCCUGAGUGGCGUCUCCCUUAUUGUAUUACCUUUGGGGAUGGAGUGGGUGGACAUACAGCACCGCACCUUCUCCGGGAUCCUGACUAGCAUCUUCUGGAGCAUCGGGAACAUGCUGCUGGCCAUGGUAGCGUACUUGGUGCGGGAAUGGCACUGGCUGCUGGUAGCCGUAACGGGACCUUGUCUUCUGAGCAUCCUCGGCUUGUGGUGAGUGCAGCCACCCGCGGCCAGGCAGCUC